GCCUUAUCAAUUUAUUAAUAAACAACUUGUUUUUUUCCUGUGUUUAUUUUCAUUACCUUAGUUAUUAAUUCAGUGAUUUGUAGUGUCUGCUCCCGCUUUCUUCUCGAUAUGUAUAAUUCGUGUGUGUUGUUUUUGUUACUGUGUGUUUCUUUAACACACGGCAACUUGUUCCUUGAAGAGUUGAGGAAAAAGGGAGCUAGUUUGAAGCCGCUGUCGGCGUGCUGCGACAUCCCGGACCUGGGCGACCCCGAGCACCUCGCCGCCUGCUCCAGCCCCAAGCUGCAGGGACCUUGCAACGACAUCCAGUGCGUGUUCGAGAAGUCUGGCUUCCUGGUGGACAAGCAGACGCUGGACAAGGAGGCCUACAGGAGCCACCUGCGACGCUGGGCCGAGGAACACCAGGGCUGGUCGGAAGCGGCGGAGAAGGCAGUCCGCGACUGCGUGGACCGCGAUCUGCGGCAGUACCUGGCGCACCCGUGCCGCGCCUACGACGCCUUCACUUGCACCGGCAUCGCCAUGCUCAAGAAAUGUCCCGAAGAAGCUUGGAAGUGUUCUCAUAAGAAAUGAAGGAGCCCUCUUUACUCAUUGUGUAAAUUAUAAUCUCAUUAUUAAGUGUACAAAGCGGAAUUAAUAAUACAAAAUUCUAUGUACUUAUAUAGUCUCACUAAAAUAUAAAUAAAUAUGUUUUUAUCGUUA